UUCCGUAGUUUUGACAAGUUUAAAAUUAACCUAAAAUAUUGCAGCCGCUAAUUUUGUAAUUUGUUUACGUAAAUAAUAAAAUUUCCUGCCGGUUUUUAUAAGAAUAUCAAGCUACUUUAUCCAAUCAAUGUUUAUAAUGUGAUUUGAAAUGUUACUGUACUCAACAAACAAGACAUCAUAUUCAACAUUUUAAAAAUUGUUUUUCACAGUAGUUUCUUGCAUUUAUUGACAUUAUAAUGAAAAUUGAAGUUCAUGCGUUAACCAACAAUCCCACUGAUGCCUGGAAAGAACUAUCAAAAACGCAGAAAGUCUACAAGAUCAACGUUUCUACCCCGAAGAAAAGCGUUGCCAGUGAUAAGGUUAGAGUUGUAUGUAUGAGCGACACUCACUCUCUGACACCUCACAUCAAGUUUGAUAUUCCGGAAGGUGAUAUAUUCAUACACGCCGGAGACUUCACACGGUGUGGCGGUCAUGAAGAGGUUGUCGAUUUCAACAAUUGGAUUGGCCAACUCCCGCACAAACACAAACUGGUGAUCGCCGGCAACCACGAGUUGAGCUUCGACCGCUCGUUCACGCACCCGUUCAGCAAGUCGCCCACCGGCGAGCACAGCGGCCGUAGUGCCCACGUGGUCGACGAGAUCCCCACCCUGGGCAUGCCCCGCGAACACCUCACCGAAGCCAUCAAGGCGCACAACAUCCGCGACUGUCUCACCAACUGUAUCUAUCUCCAGGACGAGGAGAUAGAGCUCUAUGGCCUCAAGAUAUACGGGACGCCGUGGCAACCAGAGUUCUGCAAAUGGGCGUUCAACGUGCCGCGCGGCGAACAGUGCCUGGCCAAGUGGGACCAGAUUCCGUCGGGCACUGACAUCCUGGUGACGCACACCCCGCCACUGGGUCACGGCGACCUGUGCUGCUCCGGCAUUCGGGCCGGGUGCGUCGAACUGCUCUCAACCGUUCAGCAAAGGGUGCAGCCAAAGUACCAUGUGUUCGGCCACAUUCACGAGAACUAUGGAGUUACGUCGGACGGCCGGAUCAUUUUUAUAAACGCGUCUACCUGUGACAUAAACUACCUGCCCCACAAUCCACCCAUAGUAUUCGAUAUAUCACUGCCACCUGGCCACAGUAAAGACUGAAUUUGACAAAAUUUACGAAAGAUAAAAUAAGGAGAAGAAGAUGAUAAAGGAAAACAAGAUAAAGAUGAUGGUGAUAAAAAAUAAUGAAGAGCUUGUGUGGCAAAGUAUGAGAAAAAAUACAGGAAUAUGAAAUUCUGGAUCAAUCAAUUCUUACACAAUCAAUUAUUAUUCUAUAGCUCAAUUAUUAUUUCAUAGCUACCAGUGCAUGUGAUGUUCAUAUUUAUAAGGAAGUAGGUUUGAUGAAACUCUAGUUUUGGACUACUAUAGUUUAGAACGUAUUCUACUCUAGUUUUAGACUACUGUAGUUUAGAACGUACUCUGAAUUUCAGGAGCAUGAAUGGUUUAUUCAAUCAAUGAAUUUUGCUACCAUUAUAUUAUGUGAUGAGUGGAAGAAGGUAUUUGAUAGCUUAGUUAUUACAAAUUAUUUUUGAGGAUAGUUAAUGAGAAAAAUAAUUUGUCUAAUACAGAUUGUAGGAAACUAUUUGAUGGAACUUCAAUUUGAGACCACUGUAGUUUAGAACGUAUUCUGAAAUUCAGGAGGAUGAAUGAUUCAUUCAAUCAAUGAAUAUUGUGCUAACAUCAUAAGUGAAGAGUAUAGGGAGGUAAUUGAUAGCUUAGAGUGUUAGUGAUUAUACAUUAUUUUCUGAGGAUAUUUAAUGGAGAAAAUAAUUUGUCUAAUACAGAUUGGCACUUGAUACAUAAUUUUAUAGCUACAUAACUUUAGGUCAUGUCAGAGGCCCUGAAAUUGAUCAGUUGCAACCUGAAAACUCUGACACCAGACCUGAGCCAGCCAGGUCACACAAUAUUAUUAUAUAGCUACCAGUGUAUGUGAUUAUUGUAGGGAGCAUAUUUAUUGUCAGUAUUUUUUUUAACUGUUGUACAAAAAUUGAAAGAAAUCUUUUUGUAUAAUUAUUUUACUUUGAAUGAUGACCAAAAUAAGUUUAAAACUUUUGUUCGGGUUAUAAUAUAGCAGUUAGGUGAGUAGUAGAUAGAGAAAGGUCAGUUUUAGCAUAGAGAAACAAUAGCGUAAGUAGAUAUCCCAUG